AUGGCGCCCAUCCUCACCACCACGCCGACUGUCCACGUCGCCCCCUCACCACUCACCAAAGAAGCCUUCGCGCCCUUCGGCACGGCAAUCUACUCUCCUCUGCCGCGCGACCUCAACCAACCCCCAGCGAGCGUCUCCUCCCUGGCACCGCACACCCCGACCCCGGUGCUCGCCAACCAAAACUCCGCCCUGAAGUACAGCCCCAUCUCGCCGCUGCAAGACAACUACCCGGGCCACUGCCCAAGCAACCAACCGUCAUCCGCGCGGAUGACCAUGUUCAGCUGCUUCCCGCGCCAGCUGCGCGGCCAGGGCACCAAGUUCUUCGACGUGCGCAUCCUCGAGCGCCACCCCUUCACCACCCAGACCUUCACCCCCGUCGACCUCUCCAGCCAGCCCGACGCCGGCGGCCACCCCGAACCCUUCUUCCUGGUCGUCGUCGCCCCGACCCUCAAGGGCCAGACCGCGACCGCCAUGACGCCCGCCGGCCCUGUUACCGUGAGAGACCCCCCGGAUCUGAAGAACCUGAAGGCGUUUGUCGCCCGCGGUGGCCAGGCUGUUACGUAUGCGGCCGGCACGUGGCAUGCGCCCAUGGUCGUGCUGGGGUCCAGGAGAGUGGACUUUGUCGUCGUGCAGUUUGUGAAUGGGGUGGAUGAUGAGGAUUGUCAGGAGGUGGCGUUUGGGGAGGGCGUUGUGGUUGAGGUCGAGGGGAGGGCUGCGGCGAAGCUUUAG